AGGAGGACACCAAAGACCCGGCAGCGCACCGGAAUACAAAAAAAAGCCUGCUCUCAACGGCCGCACGCGCGACACGCAAACACGGACGGCGUAGAUAGCUCAACAGAUUGGGGCGCCCCGCGACGAAGGAGGCGACGGACGUGCAGGCCCUCGCGGACAGCGGCAAAACCCGGACCGCCGCGAUUCGGUGCCUCAUGAGCCGCCGCCUGGCAGGGCUGCUGGCGCGCCAGAGGUUCCCCAGAUACCGAGCAGCCUUUGGGUAUGGCUCCGCCGUGAUCCCUCAGCGGAGCACAGCCGCCCCGGCACUGGUCGACGCCGUCCUGUGCGUCGACGACGCGCGGGCCUGGCACGCGGCGAACGUGUUACGGAACCCGGCCCACUACUCGUGGCUGAAAACGCUGGGGCCGGCCGCGAUCGCGACGGCGCAGGCUACGUAUCCCGGCGUCUACUACAACGUGACGUCAGAAUUGAAAUAUGGCGUCGUGGCGACGGCGGACCUGCAUCGGGACCUCGACGCGUGGACGAGUCUGUACGUCGCGGGGCGUCUCCAGAAGCCUGUGGUGUGGGUGGCGAGCGACGCCGCCUUAAGCGCCGCCGUCACGCGCAACCUGCGGGCGGCGCUGGGCGCCGCGCUGCUGUCGUUUCGACCCGGACACUUCUUCGACGAGCGCGAGUUGUUCGCCGCCAUCGCGAACCUCUCGUACGGCGGUGACGUGCGGUUCGCUCUGCGCGCCGAGGACCCGCGCAAGGUCCGGAACAUCGUCGAGGGCGGCUUGGGCCGCUUCCGGACGCUCUACGGGCCGCACGUGCAAGUCGCGAUCGCCGCCGGCGCGCUAGUGCGGGGCGACUUUGGAUUGAUGGUGCGCGACGCGGCGUGGUGCCUCGCGCACGUGCCCGAGACGCUUCGCGGCGCGGCCCGCGCCGGCCGUCUAUCGGGCGCGCUGCGGAGCUUGGUCCGCUUCUCUUCUGCGGCCCAGACGCUCAAGGGCGCGCUGACGGCCGGUCCCGCGCGCGCGGUGGGGUACGCGCGGCGCAAACUCCUGAAGGGAUCGGGGUACCCAUCAUGAUGUUAGUAGUACCAGUAGUUUCAGCAAAUUAGUAAAACUUAUU